UUCAGCGAUUAGGGCGUUUGCUGCACCCAUUAACCAUAUUUGGAAAAAAAUAAAUAUACGAUUCAACAUUAAUAUAUCAACUUUGGUUAGUUACAACUCCAUAAAUAAAGACUCACUUGCUUGUUCAUCUAUGUAAAUAAACCUCAAAACGCCGGGCUGAAGUUUGAGGUAAGAGUUUAUAAAUAGAGUCCGGAUAAGACCGAGGCUGUGUUUCAAAACCUAGUGAGCUGCCUACAGUCAUACGCACGCGCCCCUUUUGAAGCUCAAAAUGCUAUUUCCACAGUCAGCUCAGUAUCUUUUGAGACAUAAGUUACCUCGAAAGUUCAUCCUAUUACGUAACAGAUACCGCGGACAAGCCAAAAACCUAAAGCGAGAAUUCCACAACACUUUCCCUUCAGUACAGAUCCGUAGGUAGUUAACGUUAAAUGGAAUUUCCCGGUAUCGUCGACUCGCGCGCAGUGAAUCUGAACACACAUUAAACACUUCCGGGUGUUUGACUACAAUAAGAUUAUGGCAUGGUUUGUUUUUGAGUGAUUUUUUUCUUUGAACAUCAAACGGCAUGGACGAGAGCGCCGUGAAGCUCAUAUAAAGUAAUCGUAUUUUAUUCUUAUUUAUUCACUUCAUUGAAACUUUAUCGCUUUGUUUUAUCCAGCCAGCUGUGCGCGUGUUGAUUUGGUCGGUCAUGUCCAGAUGUUGAUCUCAAUCAGAUUGGUAAUCCAUGGGAUUACACUGUGUGUCGUAUGAAGUACUGUAUAGUGUUCGCCAUGAAACGCAUUGUUUUCUUUUUGGCGUCUUUACUUUUGACGGAGUGUUCAAGGAGAAACAUUAGGGAUGUUCUGGACGACGAGUACGACCAGCUCAGCUCAAUGCUGUCAGACUUCGAUGUGCUUCAGCUGUCCAGUCUUCAACAGCAUUCAGUUCGCAAGAGAGAUGUACAGUCCCACACACAUACAGAGAGGCUUCUUAGUUUUACUGCAUUACACAGGCAUUUCAAAUUGUACCUGACAACCAACACAGAGCUUUUCACCCGUGACUUUAAUGCCGUGGUGAUAGGAGAGGAUGGCGCACAGGAGAUGUAUGAGGUCCAAAGAGAAAACUUCUUCACUGGUCACGUCGUCGGAGAGCUGAAUUCUCGUGUACAGGCACAUAUCAGUGCCAAUGAUUUCUCUGCUCAUAUUCUCACUGAAGAAGCUGAAUACAACAUUGAGCCACUGUGGAGGUUCACUGAAGACCCUCGGGAUGGGCGGCUGCUUGCUUAUCGUUCCGAGGACAUCAGGAACGUGACCCGGCUGGCAGCUCCUAAAGUGUGUGGUUACAUCAGCACAGAAGCCAACGAGAUGAUGCCAGAGAGUGUGCGGGGAGCCACAGCAUUAGAUGAAGACGAUGAUGAGGAUGAGCACAUGAGAGAGAGAAGGCAAACCCAGGACCACAGCAAAAACACUUGUCCUCUGUUGCUUGUGGCAGAUUAUCGCUUUUUCAGACACAUGGGCCGUAAGGAGGAGAGCACCACCCUUAACUAUCUGAUUGAGCUGAUUGAUCGUGUGGACGACAUUUACCGCAACACAUCAUGGGAUGAGGAAUAUAAAGGUUAUGGAGUUCAGAUUCAGCAGAUAAUAAUUAAUAAGUCACCCACAAAAGGAGAGCCCGGAGAAGCCCACUUCAACAUGAAAGGUUCUCCUGUGAAGAACAAAGAUGUUUGGGAUGUCAAGAAAUUGCUGGAGCAAUUUAGUAUCGACAUCGCAGACAACGCAUCAAAGGUUUGCUUGGCUCAUCUGUUCACGUACCAGGAUUUUGAUGAAGGCACAUUAGGCCUGGCGUACGUGGCUCCAUUCAAGUCUGGAUUUCCUGGAGGUCUUUGCUCCGAGAAGUGCCCUUCAGGAAAUGACAACCGGGCUAUAUACCUGAACACUGGACUAACCAGCACCAAAAAUUAUGGGAAAACCAUUCUAACCAAGGAAGCAGAUCUGGUUACCACUCACGAGCUCGGUCACAACUUUGGUGCCGUGCAUGACCCUGAUGACGUGCCCUACUGUGCGCCCAGAGAGGAUCAGGGAGGAAAAUACGUAAUGUACCCCAUCGCAGUGAGCGGCGACCACUCCAACAAUAAAUUGUUUUCAAACUGCAGUAAGAUCUCUAUAGCAAAGCGACUGAAGUCCAAGGCCUCCACCUGCUUCAAAGAGAGGAACAGCAAUGUGUGCGGAAACUCAAGGGUGGAGGAAGGAGAGGAAUGCGAUCCUGGACUACUGCACCUCAGCGAUGACAACUGCUGCACAGCAACCUGCAAGCUUAAGCCCGGUGCUUUGUGCAGUGACAGAAACAGCGCCUGCUGCAAAGGCUGCCAGUUCGAGAAGCCUGGCAAGGUGUGCCAGGAGCCGAUGGAUGCCACAUGCAAGGGCAGAUCUCACUGCACAGGAAUCAGUAGCGAGUGCCCUCCUCCAGAGAACCGCACUGAUAAGACCAUCUGUGUUGACAACGGGCGAUGUCUGCACGGGGAAUGUAUCCCAUUCUGUGAGGCUGUUAAGAACCUGCAGUCAUGUGCUUGCAAUGAGACGAUCAACUCUUGUAAGGUGUGCUGCAGGGAUAGGAACUCUGUGUGUUCUCCGUACGUUGAUAACAGAGGCAACCUGUUGUUUCUGCGGAAAGGCAAACCCUGUACUGUGGGCUUUUGUGACGGAGCUGGCAAAUGCAUGAAACAGGUUCAGGAUGUUAUUGAAAGAUUGUGGGAUUUCAUUGACAAGCUGGACAUUAAUACCUUUGGGAAGUUUUUGGCAGAUAACAUUGUUGGCUCAGUUGUGGUCUUCUCACUUCUUUUCUGGAUUCCUCUCAGCAUUCUGGUCCACUGUGUGGAUAAGAAACUUGACCAGCAGUAUGAAUUAAACACCAAGUCACUCUUCUUCCCCAGUAACGCUGAGCUACUUAGCAGUCUUGAAUCAGCCUCGGUGAGGAUCUUCAAACCACCUUCUGCUUCAGCCAUCUCCACCGUGCCACGAUUCCAGGCAUCCGGUCCUUUGCAGACCAGCACUCCACCCGUUUCACUCUCCCAGGUGGCUCCAGUACCUGUCCCGUGUCUUCUUACCACUACAGAGACCCAGCGCAUGACCACCAUCCAAGAAGAUCCCAGCUACGAUUCCCACCUGAAUGAACAAACCCUGGGAGAGGACUUCCCUACCUCCGGCUCUGCCUCACGCUCAUUUGAUGACCUGACAGACAACCGAGAGAAUGCCAUGUCCUUCAGGGGGAGGAGAUAUCCACAGACUAAAAGUAAGGAGACUGAAUGUUGAGCAUUUGAUUGUAUAGAAGGAAAUUAAUGGAAAGGAAAAAUGGACUCAAGAGUUAUUUUAUUGGGAAUGCUCAAAGCUGAGCAGAACAAGCAGGGAGUUUAAUGCUUACAGUUCCUGUAUUGAAAAUACUCCGAAUGCAAUGUUUUUAGAGCACUGGAAGCAACAAAAAGCACAAAUUAUUCAGUGAGGUAUUAUAUGGGAAUUUGAUUUUGUUAAUCUUACACACACAGGGUUAUUAAUGUAUUAAUGUAUGUUACUGGUCCUAUUAUUUAUUAUCAAAUUUGUUUGACCUUGGUGCAGUUAAAGGUGUAGUGAGCGAUUUCUGAGAAAUGCUGUUGAAAUUUGAAAUUGAUAAGCAAAUGAACUCCGCUCCACCCACUACCCAUAUACACCUCUAUUGCUGAUUGGCUACGAAAAUUCACUAAAACAUGCAUCUAGAAAAUAUUCACAAAUUUCUCUGUGUGUUUUAUUAAGCCAAUUUAAUUUAACGGUAUGCCACACCCACUUUUCACAAUCUAAUAAACAAGUAAAAAGUCCUGCCCUUAUUUUUUAAAUCAUGCAGUUUUACUCUAAAAUUCGUUGUUGAAUACAAUCUGACUAUUUUAUGAUGAUUUGAACAACCCAGUACUGAGAUGUUUACAGAUCUGUUUUUAGUUGAGGGAUUGAGCAAAAAAAACCUCACAAAUUCAGAAACCCAUAAUGUUAUGUGAUACUAUACGGUAUGUUCUGACAUUCAUCAUACAUUCAAAUGUUUUGUAUCCUCUAUAGCAGUGGUUCUUAAACUGGGGGCCCCUAAAAUGGAUCCAGGGGGGCCACAGAUUUUGUGGCAUUUUAUGAAAUAUAGAAAUUGAUCAUAGAUUUUAUGCAAUCAAACAUCAGAAAAAUAAGAUCACCAAAAAAAAGAAUUGAUGUUCCAGCAUUGUAUAACCGAAUAUGUUUUUGUUUUAAUUAAAGUUCUAAAUAUAAGAUUAUAAGUCUUUAUUUGGGGGGCUGCAAAGCAAUGGACUCUACACCAAGGGGCCUUACAACGAAAAAGUUUAAGGAACCACUGCUCUAUAGACCAUAAUCUGGCGCUCUUUUUAUUCUCUGCAAAUGACAAUCACGUUUACUUUGAGGGGCAUUUGAUAUUUACAAAUUUAGGCUCUGAAGUAGUUUAGUUCAGCAUAUGAGCACUUUUAUUACUGUGUUUGAGUGUAACAUGUACUGUUACUUACCUGUUGUACCAGCAGGUAUUGGAAAAAUUAGUUGGUACAUGAGGAAGUUUAUAAAUUCAUUGUUGGAACAAGUUGCUAGUUAACUAAGGGACAAUCGUUUUUAUUGUAUUUGUGUGCACUCAUGGGGCACUGCGAAAAAUAUCGCGAAACCUCUGAAUGCUUUUAAAACUCUGUGAUACAUUGAUGCCAUACACAAAUUGCUGUGCCACGUGUGGGCCUAAUGUUUAUGACUGUGCGUAAGAAUAAGUAUUUUACAGCUGCACCUAAAAGAAUGUGUACUGAUAUUGAACAUUGCGCUGAAAAGUAACCUAAGUGCCUUGCAGUUGUUUUGUAAAAAUGUUAAUUUACUGAAUGUGUUUUGUAACAUGUAUGUAAAAAUCUACAGUAAAGGGAGUGACGGUGUCUUUUGUAGGUGGCUAAAUGCUCACCUUUGGCUUGUAUCCAUCUGUGUAACCAUUGGGAGUGUGUGUAGAUCAGUUCAGUAAAGCUGUGUUUAUUGUAUUAAAAUUGUGUUGACCUUUUGAUAUACCAAGCACAAUAGUUUCUGUUAAAAACAGAUCUAACUCUGAAAACUUGUGUCAAAUCCUGUGAAA